AUGUCUCGUCAACCUAGCUUGCGACCCAAGUCUUCCAUUCCUGGUUAUCCAGAUGCCAUGUAUAAUCUUGCUGCGGUGACCACCUUAACACAGCUUGAGUCCCGCGUGGGGUUGGCAGACGAGAAGCAUGACCAGCGUGUUUUUCGAGUCAAGCACCGGUUAGGUCUAAUCAAGCAAGCCGAGGAGAAUGCGGACGAGCCGGAGGAAGAAUCCGAAGACCUCCAGUACUUACGAUUUCUUUCAACCUCGACUGAUAGUAGCGCCACAACAGAUCCAUCACCCGAACCUGCCACCCCUCCUGAGCCUUCACCAAGUGAAUGUAGUCCCGUGCUCUCUUCGCCCAAAUGCAGCGAACCGUGGAGAUGGGACAUGCAGCCAGUUCAGAAUAUCCACUCACGGCCGUAUCAGAGCUAUCAACCACACACAGGUUAUCAGGCUAUGGCAUUCCCUCGCCCACAUUUGGAACCUAUGGCCCUCGCAUGCCAACUGAAGUGCACGGAUAAUGGGCCAUCAAUGACUGCUCAUGAGCAGCCAUGUUACUACUAUGUUGGUACCGACUCUGGCGCAGAUUCCGGCAAGAGCUCCGGGCUGCCGGUCGGCUUAAUGCAGCAACAACCUGUAAUUGGAUCCGGCGUGUCCGUGAGCCUGAUGAGUGAUUAUGCCUUGCACGUCCCUGAACAGCACGCUAUCUAUCCACCUCCUGCGACCAGCUGGUCAUAUCGUUGUGAUUAG